ACGGAGGGAGAGCGCGGCACGGAGCGGCACGGAGCGGCACUGCUGGGCCCGCCCUGCCCAGCGCCCGGCGGAGCGGAGGUGGGAAGCAGCAGUAGCUCACAAUGGCCCUGGCGGACAGCGCGGGCUGUGCCAAACCCAGCGAGGAUUUGCCUUUCCCUGAAAUCAUUGAGCUCAACGUGGGCGGACAAGUCUACAUCACCCGGCACCCCACCCUGAUCAGCGUGCCGGGCUCGCUGCUCUGGGAGAUGUUCACACAGAAGAACAUCCGCUCCUUGGCUCGCGACAGCAAGGGCCGCUUCUUCGUGGAUCGGGACGGCUUCCUCUUCCGCUACAUCCUGGAUUACAUGAGGGACCAGCAGCUGGUGCUGCCCGAGCACUUCCCGGAGCGCAGCCGGCUGCAGCGAGAGGCUGAGUACUUCAUGCUGCCAGAGCUGGUGAAGAUGCUGGCCCCAAAGCUCAGCAAGCAGAAUUCGCUGGGGGACGACCCUUGCCAAAGCGACCCUGAGGAGCCGUCCCCCAGCGCUGACACCGCCCGCAGCCUGACCGCUGCCAGUGCCGCGCUUCCCAGUGCCGGGGCUGGCGGUGCCGGGGGCACGGGCACAGCAGGCGCUGCUGGCCCUGACAUCCGCAGGGCUGGGUUCAUCACCAUCGGCUACCGCGGCUCCUACACGCUGGGCAGGGACAGCCAGACGGAUGCCAAGUUCCGCCGGGUGGCGCGGAUCAUGGUCUGCGGCAAGACGUCACUGGCCAAGGAGGUUUUUGGGGAUACCUUGAAUGAGAGCAGGGACCCAGACAGGCCUCCAGAGAGGUACACCUCCCGGUACUACCUCAAAUUCACCUUCUUGGAGCAAGCCUUUGACAAACUGGCCGACGCUGGCUUCCACAUGGUGGCUUGCAACUCCACAGGCACCUGUGCCUUCGCCCACGACCAGACAGACGACAGGAUCUGGACCUCUUACACCGAAUAUGUUUUCUAUCGUCCUGUCGUGCGAGGACAACUCUCCAGGCAACUCUCCAGGCACUUCAGCCUCCCAGGUAGCUCUUGGCUCAGUCUGCCUGUUCCCCAGCCUUCAGAAACAGAGCAGAGCCCUAAAAAACACAUGUCUUCUUCUGAGCCCAUCCUGGACCUCAAGACAGACACAACAGAAGCCCUUCCAGCCUGCAGUGACCCUGAGGAGCCCAGACCAGACCCAGGGACAAAGCAGGACCCUGUCAGCACCCUGUGUGAGUGUGAUGCUGCAGCCUCCAGCACCAGCAGUCACAGCGAGCCCAGUCCUGCUCCAUCCGCAGGUGAGAGCAUCUCAGGCAGAGACUCCAAGUCAGAGCGGGGGAACCCCAGCCCUGCAGACUCCAUGCCAUGUCCAGAAGCCCCUGAAGAAUGCCCAGCUCGCCCCAACACCCUGGACUUGUCCAAGUCGCUGAAGAAGCUGGAGGAAGUGAAGCAGAUGGGGCAGAGGCGUAACAGUGACCACACGGCGGUGAAGGAGAACGGGGUCGGGAGCAGCCCUGUGGCCGCAGAGGUGAGCGAGGAGAGGAAGGCGCUGCAGUCCGAGCUGGGGAAGUGCAUCGAGGACUUCCGGAAGAUCAAGAUCCCUCAUGCCUUUCCCAAUAAGAAACGGCAGUGGCAAAGCGAGCUGCUGAGGAAAUACCAGUUGUGAGGGCUGCGGUGAGGCUCUCUGGGGGUUCCCCAAGCCGGUGGGUGGCGCAGGGCAUCGGCACACCUGGGGUGGGGAGUAUAGGCUGCUCCUUCAACAAGUGUUGCAAGAUGAAAACUAGGACAGCAUGCUCCUUAACAUGGCAGGAAGGAUGCAUGCUGCCCCAGACGUUAUGAACAUAGGUGAAGGGACAUAAAAAAGGCAAGGGGGCCCAGGGAGAAUUACCAGGGGAAAA